GACGGGACUCUUCAGAGGCACUCCAAGAUGGCGGUCAUGACAACAUGCUGCUGUUGCUUCUCCACGCGCAACGGCUCCGUCGCCGUAGGGAUCAUCUGCUUGGUGGUGGCGUUCUGUGGGUCGGUGGGGUUCUGCUUCGCCCUCAUCAACGUCGACGAGGUCACCUACACGCUUGACAUCUACUACCAGGUCUACAAGGAAGCCCUCAAAGCCAACCUCACUGAACCGAGGCUUCUUCUAAUCGAGUCACUCGUCGGGGUUCAAACCAUCAUCGACCACAUCCAGACAAUCUUCAUCGCCGGUCUCGUUUUCUAUGGUAUCUACACCUUCGCUUCCCUCUUCAUGGCAUACGGCUCUUGCACGAGUAUACGAUCAUUGCUGCUGCCAUGGAUAGUGUUGGAGAUGGUGCCAUUCGUGAUCCAGGUGGCUGGCAUUGUGGUCCUCUUCGUGUAUGGGAAGGAUGAUCCGACCUUCUCCAAGGGCGGUGUUUACAUUAUUUCUGGACUCAUCAACAUCAUUUGUUUCGUUAUCCACGUGUAUUGGUGGAUGUGUCCAGUGGCGCACUACCAGAGCCUGAAGGAAGAGGACACGGUGGUGGAGGCUCUUGUUCCACAAUCCCACCCUAUGUAUCCUACCGUCCUCAUGAAGUACUAAUCUUGAAGGAUACCCCCUAUUUAUCCCACCGUCUACAUGAAGUACUGAUCUUGGAGGAUACCCCCCUAUGUAUCCCACCGUCUACAUGAAGU